AUUGCCUUUAGCUUGUGUUGCCUGCCAGGGCUACAUCCUUUUCACAUCAGCCUACAUCUGUCUUUUCCAAUUCGCGCUUUCCCUUCAUUUGCAGUGCUUGCUUCCUUGCUUUUUUCAGAUUUUAUAAUCAGAUCGUUCUGGAAAUCAUCCUCUUAAGUUUGGACAACAUCUGUAUCAGUACAGAUUUUGUUUGGAGUUGAAGAUCCGAUCAGAUUAUGAUUAUUUCAGAGACCUAUUUGAUUCCAUGUUCUAACCCGCCUUAUUUCUCUCACACAGGAUUGAAGAUAAGAGAGGAAGUUUGCUGCUAGUUAACCUGUCUAUGCUCCUCUGUUUCUGUUCUAAUUAACGUCUUCCAAGUUACACCACCUUAUCGGCCGGCACGGGACACUAAAGUACAAGGAGAAAAUGGUUUUAUCAGAUGAUCAAUUCCAGGCUUACGUUGAGGAGAAUAAUGUUGGUAAGAAGAAGUGUAAGUUCUGCGGGCAUCUAUUUGCGUUUCGUACUUCGAUUUCAAGGAUCAAAUGGCACUGGUCAGGUACUAAAGGGCAUGGUGCUGCGAUUUGUAGAGAAGUGCCUAAGGAUGUUCAAGAAGCAGCCUUUCUAGCUAUGGAGGGUGUCAACAAAAAAUGUAGAAUUAGAGCUGACUGGUUUAUUAAUGUAGAUAACAAGACAGAAAGAUUAGUGAAGCCUGUUGCAGAAGCUAGCUCUUCUGGUGGCCAUAUUCCCAACAAAAGUGAUGCUAGAGAAAAUGCGUUACCCACUAGCUCUUCAGAGUUAGCGGGUAAAGCAUUUGAAGAGAAUAAGAAUGCCAUCUUGUCUUGGUUAAUGAAUGAUGAAGUCUUACGCAUUGGCAUUUAUGGGAUGGGAGGUGUGGGUAAAACUUCACUGGUGAAACAUGUUUACAAUCAACUUAGAAAAACAUCAGGCACUUUUCAUCAUGUUUACUGGAUCACUAUACCUCAAGAUUUUAGCAUUUAUAAAUUGCAGAAUCUUAUUGCUAGAUGUCUAGGUAUACAUCUUUCAAAUGAAGACGACGAGAUCCUAAGAGCCCAGGAACUUUCAGAAGCAUUUGUAAUGAAAUGGCAGCCUUUCCUCAUUUUGGACAAUCUGUGGGACACUUUUGAUCCAGAGAAGGUGGGAAUUCAUGUCCAAGAGAAGGGAUGCAAGUUGAUUCUUACAACUAGAUCAUUAAAAGUUUGUCGAGGGAUGGGCUGCCUGCAAAAAAUCAAAGUGGAGCCUCUACCUUGGGAAGAAGCUUGGACUUUGUUUAGAGAGAGAUUUACACAUGAUGUAGUAAUCUCUCCAGAAGUUGAGCAGAUUGCAAAAUCUGUUACAAGGAAAUGUGCUGGUUUACCUUUGGGAAUUAUUACAAUGGCAGAAAGCAUGAGGGGUGUGAGUGACCUGCAUGAGUGGAGGAAUACAUUGGAGAAAUUGAAAAAAUCUAAAGUUAGGGACAUGAAAGAUAAGGUAUUUCCGUCAUUGAGGUUCAGCUAUGACCAGUUAGAUGAUUUAGCACAACAACAAUGUUUCUUAUACUGUGCGGUAUUUCCAGAAGAUUAUGGGAUUAGUAGGGAGGACUUGAUAGGUUAUUUGAUUGAUGAGGGAAUAAUUGAAGGGAUUGAUAGCAGGCAAGCAGAAUUUGAUGAGGGUCAUACGAUGCUCAAUGAACUUGAAAAUGUCUGUUUGUUGGAAAGUUGUGAUGAUUAUAAUGGUUAUAGAGCUGUCAGGAUGCAUGGCUUGAUUAGGGACAUGGCCUGCCAAAUCCUGCGAAUGAGCUCUCCAAUCAUGGUUGGUGAAGAAUUACGAGAUGUGGAUAAGUGGAAAGAGGUUCUUACAAGAGUGUCCUGGAUAAAUGGUACAUUCAAAGAAAUUCCUUCUAGCCAUUCACCAAGGUGCCCCAAUCUUUCAACCUUAUUGUUACCCUAUAAUUACACUUUGAGAUUUAUUGCGUAUUCUUUUUUCAAGCAUUUGAACAAGCUCAAGGUUCUUGAUCUGUCCGAGACAAAUAUUGAAUUAUUGCCAGAUUCUUUCUCUGAUUUGGAGAAUCUUAGUGCAUUAUUGCUCAAAGGUUGUGAGCAGCUAAGGCAUGUGCCAUCAUUAAAAAAGCUUAGGCUACUGAAGAGGUUGGAUCUCAGUGAUACCGCACUUGUAGAUGUGCCUCAAGACAUGGAAUGCCUAUCCAACCUCAGGUAUCUUAAACUCAAUGGAUGUAGUCAAAAGGAGUUUCCUCCUGGAAUAUUACCUCAACUUUAUCGCCUGCAAGUCUUUGCACUAGAUGAUUGGGUGCUGGGACAAUAUGCUCCAGUAACAGUUGAAGGAAAGGAAGUAGCAUGCUUGAGGAAGUUGGAAACUUUGGAAUGCCAUUUUAAAUGUUUCUCUGACUUCAUAGGGUAUCUCAAAUCUUGGGACGGGACCCUAUCACUAAGUACAUACAAAUUUUUAGUAGGACAAUGGAAUGAUAACAAAGACUAUUUACGUGUGUUGGAAUUUUCUGGAAGAAGUAGAAAAGUAUGUUUAUGUAACUUUAAUAUCAACUGGAAUCGAAGUUCUCCAUUUUUCCCAUGUGACAUUCAAGAACUGGUGAUUUUGAGAUGCACUGAUGCAGGAAGUUUAUGCGACGUCUUAUCAUUACAGUGUGCAAUUGAACUAGAGUGCAUUGAAAUUCAGCUGUGUGAUAGAAUGGAGAGCUUGCUUUCAUCUUCUUGGUUCUGCUCUACUCCAUUACCGCUGCCAUCUGAUGGUAUAUUUUCUCAUCUCAAAGACUUCCAUUGUUAUGGGUGUUCAAGUAUGAAAAAGCUGUUCCCUCUUGCCUUGCUGCGAAACCUAGCAAACCUGGAAUUGAUUUCAGUCGAGGAAUGUCACAAAAUGGAGGAGAUAAUAGCAACAAGUGUAGACUGGGUUGUGGGUGAAGAAAGCAGCAGUAGCUGCAGUUCCAGCGAAUUCGAUCUCCCAAACUUAAGACGUCUCAACUUUGUUGAUUUGCCAAAACUGAAAAGUAUAUGUAGUGCCAAAUUGAUUUGCGGUUCUCUCCAAAAGAUCAGAGUAAGAGAUUGUCCGAAGCUAAAGAGGAUACCAAUCUGCCUUCCCGUGCUUGACAGUGGCCAGCCAUGUCCCCCCACAUCUCUUGAAGAAAUCGAUGUAGAUCCAAAAGAAUGGUGGGAGUCGGUGGAGUGGGACCAUCCAAACACUAAGGAUGUACUUCUUCCUUUUUUAGUUUUAGGUGAUGGUUCCAGAGUCUCAGACUGCUUGAAGAAGAUGAAGACCAAGGAAGAAACAUAAGAAAAACGUUUUUGAAGAGAAGUUUUACUGGAUCCAAUACCCUGUGAAUGCUGAUGCCGGAUCGAUUUUCACGGAGUACCUACUAUUUCAGAAACCGGUAUAUUGUAGCGUGCAUUUUCCUGUAUUUCAUGCCGUUUCUACUCUUUUUUUUUUUUUGAAAUACUGUGAUGAACCUUCACCGGAAAUUAUAAGACUACUUUGACUUAUGAAGUAAUUUCAGUUGCUGCACUCAUGGAGGCUUUCCUA